AUGGUUGUGCUCAAACACUCUAGGGAUGACGAAAACCCAAGCCAUCGGUACCGCCCCAUCUCCAAGGACACGGGCGUCUUCUUCAAGGUCCAGAUACUGGACCACGACAAAGGCCGGUGGGAGGAGGCGGCAGACAUCAGCGACGCCGUAAUCUUCGUCGGCGUCAACGGAUCGCUGUGCCUGUCGAGGAGGGAGCACCAGGGCAUCACGCCCGGCUGCGUCUACUUGACUGACGACGAUGUCGGUAGUGCCUGCCUGUGCAACGCCUACUGCAAUUCCAACGGCACCGAGCUCAUAGACGAGCUCAGGGACGUUGGCGUCUAUAGCUUAAAGACCGGCAGGGUAGAGAAGAUAGGUGCGGUCGGCAAGCAUAGGCUAUGGCCGCUGCCGGCGUGGUUCACGCCUGCCUUGUGA